AUGCUGCUGCUGUUGCUCCUCUUCGCCUCCUCCCGCUCCCUCCCGCUCCCUCCCUCCUCCUCCUCCUCCUCCUCCUCUCCUCCUCUUCCUCUGUCUCAUCGUCGCCCCUCCCGCUGCUCCUCCUCUAGCACCGUUCCUCAUGCUUCUGCCCCGCCCCUCCAACAGACCGCAGACGGGCCGGUGGGGGUUUCACGAGAUCAAGCGUCAAGAUCAGGGACGGUGAACUGGGAGGAGAGGGCAGCCCGGCUGCAGGAGGAGGUGGACAAGCUCAGGAAUGAGAAUCGGAAGCUGGCGGCAGCCCACGACGUCAAGUUAGGAAGGCAGAGCACCAUGGAACAAUUCCUUGGGCCGAAGCGACCGUCAGAGUAUGUUGCUGGCGAGAUGGCGUCACGUUGGAAGCAGUUCGAGGAUCAGACGAAAGGAACGCCGUUCGAGAAGGAGACAGGAAAGCGCAAGCUCAGCUUCUUCAACAACAUCUCUGAGCACAUGGACGUUGAAGACGAGUUCAAAGAUGACGAACAGCGGUCGUCAAGCUCGUGCGAGGACAUGCUCGAUAAAGACACUCUCGUCAACGUCAUGAAGGAUGUCUCUCAUCAGGCCUCUCUCAGCGCCGUCCAGAUGGCACCGACUGCCUCACACUUCCUGACGAUGCCGGCGAACAAUCGAUUUGGUUCCGACGAGAAGGUCCCGGGGGACUUUCAAUCCUUCCAGGAAGCUGUUCUGAAAGCUCAUCGGAGGAGGAACGUCUCUGAAGCGCACAGCAUCAUCGUACAUGCCAGCAAGCUGCAUGACUGGUCGGGCGUCCUUGCGUUCCGUACCCCCCUCUCGGUCCAAGGCGUGAGGUCGCCAGUCAUGUCAGGAGCAUGGGACUUGUUGGCGACCUCGGGGGGUCUGCUAGAGGGGAUGUUUCUUGUCAACGAGCACGACUCUUGCGUCACGGUCAGCGGUGGAGCCUGGAACAUCUUCAACUGCUCCAUCCAGAGCUCCGGACAGCCUGCAAUACAAGAUCCUGAUCAGCUCUCACACCAGAAAAUCAACACGGCGCUGUACUGCGUAUGUGAUGCCAGGGUGCAAGUAGAAUGGAGUAGCCUAGGAGGCCUUGGCAAGGCCCGGGAGGCAUCCUGGGGACUCUUCUGCUGCGCAGAGAGCAAGGCGGAGUUGAAGCUGUGCAGGUUCCCUUCCUGUCUCCGCCUUGACCUGUUUGAAAACAUGGUGAAAACUGCAGUGGACGGAGGAGGAAAACUGUCCAUUGCAAACUCUUCCUUCGAAUCGAAUGAGUUUGCUCUCGAAGCUGGCUUCCUUGCCCCAAAGUCUGCCAGCAUCUCACUGCAAGGAGUCGUCAUCAAGGGCAACAAGUGGAGGAACUCAGACCGGCCGCUGUCGGAGAGUUUUGUCACUGUUAAUCCUGCGAGGAAACGGGCGUUGUAG